CCAGUUAAGUUACAUUGACACUUAUAUGAGCUGCUUCUGAAGCCAGAUGCUCAUUUAACAGAGAACAGUCAGACGGCUUCAUCUCUGCUUACAGCAGGAGUCUCUAUAAUAAUGGACAAAAACGCAGAGGUGUUAGUAUGUGGCUCUUCAAUUAUGAAGGAUGUCUGGGAAAUCAGACUGAGGGAGCAUCGACAGAAACGACAGCUGGAAGAGGAGAGGGUACGGAAAAGUGCUCUGGAAAGAAUCAAUCAAGAUUGGCAGAGGCGCAUGUCCUCCAAGAUAAAACCCCCUAAAAGACUGGAGAGAAAAGCAAAGGUUCCUGAAGAAUCAACUCUUGAUGCACACAAGGCUAAAAAGACGCACCUGGGAAGGCCUCAAGGUUUCCAGAGCAGUCGGAUUCAGAGGCAGGUGGACCUGACGAAAACAACCAAAGCCAACAAACUGGCCCUGUUACGUCACCUCAAUGAAAGCUACCCGGGAUUGAUGGUGUGGUCGAAGUCUUGGAAGUUCUUCGAUUUUUCUCGAAGAAAAUCCCUGUGCAUUCGACUGGGGACAGCCAUGGAAGUUUCUCAAUCUUCAGCCAGGCACUGA